CCUGGGGCAGGUGACAAGAGGAUGCAGCCGCUCAGGAGGACCCUGCGCCUGGACAGGGGGCAGAGGCUGCAGGCAGUGUGUGUGCUGGGCACCUGCCUCUCCAUAGACAUCAAUGGGGGGGCGCCAGUGGAAUGCAAGUGGUUCAGCAUGCGCCACACACAGAACAUCGAAGCUGAAAUUCUCAACAGUGAUAUCUCCAACCAGAAAGUCAUCAAUGGAGAGAAACUGUGGCCUCUGUCCAGUAAAACCAUGGUAGAACUACAGAUGAGCGCCCCGAGCGCUGAGGCCAAUGAUGGAAAGGUCACGUUUGCUUACUAUGGGAAAGGAUCGGACGCGCCUGUAGAUAAAGCCGGAUUAUAUCUCACUGCUGUUGAAAUCUCCCUGGAUGUGGAUGCCGACCGAGAUGGUGUGGUAGAGAAAAAUAAUCCUCAAAAGGCUUCAUGGACAUGGGGUCCUGAUGGUAAAGGCGCCAUCUUACUGGUGAACUGUGACAAGGACAGUCUGUUCUCUCGCACGGUGGAUGGAGGCGAUGAGAUUAUGCUGAGUAAAGCAGAUCUGCUGGACAUGUCACGCAUGGUCCUUCGCACCCGUGGCCCAGAGAAGCUCCCUGCGGGGUAUCACCUCCUGCUUUACAUCUCUGCCUCCGACUCCCAGAACCUAGGGGUCUUUCACUACCACAAUAAGAUGUACACCCACGUCCUUGGGAGGAGAAAGCUGUUUUUUAAGGCUAGGUACACGGGGACCAACGAGCUGGAGUUCUUUGUAGAAGGUCUGCGGUUUCCCGACGUUGGGUUUAACGGGCUGGUCACAAUCAAUGCCAGCUUGCUGGAAACUAUGGUGGAGGGAAUUCCAGAGACUCCUAUCUUUACAGACAUGGUCACUUUCCGCAUCGCCCCCCUCAUCAUUACUCCAAAUACUCUGGAACCCGUCGAGGUUUAUGUCUGCAGUGUCAAGGAUAAUUACCUUUUCCUUAAAGAAAUCAAGAGUCUUGUGAGCGAAGCAAAGUACAAGAUUCAGAUCUGCUUUGAGUACGUGAACCGCGGGGAUCGCUGGAUGCAGGACGAAAUGGAAUUUGGGUAUAUCCAAGCUCCGCACAAGACCUUUCCUGUGGUUCUAGAUUCACCGAGAGAUGGAGAACUCAAGGAUUUCCCAAUCAGGGAGCUUCUGGGACCAGACUUUGGGUACGUGACGAAAGUUGCAGCCUCUUCGGAAGUGACAAGUCUUGACUCCUUUGGGAAUUUGGAAGUCAGUCCCCCCGUGACUGUUUCAGGGAAGAAAUAUCCACUGGGGCGUAUACUGAUCGGGAGCAGUUUCCCCACCACGACUGGAAGGAGGAUGACCAAAGUUGUCCGAGACUUUUUGUACGCACAGCGUGUUCAGUCUCCUAUCGAGCUUUACACGGAUUGGCUGUAUGUGGGACACGUGGAUGAGUUCAUGACUUUCAUACCAGCACCUGAUAAAAAGGGGUUCCGUUUGCUCCUCGCCAGCCCUGCUACCUGCUUCCGAGUCUUCCAGGAAAACAAGCAGGAAGGUCACGGGGACGCCACAAUGUUCCAAGGUCUAGAAACCAAAAGAUGGACCAUCACCAAGAUCCUGUCGACGGAUGCCAUUGUGCAGGAGAAUAAUUAUGCACAGCACUGCAUUGACUGGAACCGGGACAUUCUGAAGCAGGAGUUGGGACUCACAGAAGAGGACAUCAUCGAUAUACCUGCGCUCUUCAAACUGGAAAAAAAUGGCCAGGCUCUGGCUUUCUUCCCAAACAUGGUUAACAUGAUUGUUCUUGGGAAGGAUCUGGGAAUCCCCAAGCCUUACGGUCCCAUCAUUAAGGAAACCUGCUGUCUGGAGGAUUAUGUCAUCUCACUGCUCAAGCCCCUGGAGUUACGAUGCACGUUCAUCGACGACGUCGUGUCGUAUCACAAAAAACUGGGGGAGGUGCACUGUGGCACCAACGUGCGCAGAAAGGCUUCCACGUUCAAAUGGUGGCAAAUGGAAGAGCCAUAAUGACCAGUUCUCCCUGUAAACCACCUCCUCUGUCUGCUGCAGCCCCGGUUUUCCCUAUAAAGCAUAUUUUAUGAUG